UUCUUGCUGAAAACAGGAAUUUCCGAGCUGACCUGAAUCUGACGCAUAUCAGCCGGGUAAUUAGCGAAGACGUCAGGUGAAUGCUAAACAUGGAGAAGUCAUUCCCUGUCAAUUAAAAGUUUUUUAAACAGUCAGCCAUGGCGAAACAGUACGAUAUUUUGUUCCGGAUUCUCCUACUCGGAGAUUCGGGGGUCGGCAAGACGUGUAUGCUGCGCCGCUUCACGGACAGAGAGUUCGAUACAGGACAUAUCUCCACCAUCGGUGUGGACUUUAAAAUGAAAACUCUAGAAAUAGAUGGAAUCAAGGUGCGGGUGCAAAUCUGGGACACCGCCGGUCAGGAACGCUAUCAGACCAUUACAAAACAGUACUACAGGCGUGCACAGGGUAUCGUCUUUGUUUAUGACAUCACAAGCGAGUCCUCCUUUCAGCACAUCGUCAAGUGGGCCACCGACGUUGACGAGUACGCACCGGAAAAGGUGCAGAGGAUUUUGGUAGGAAACAAAUCGGACGAAGAGUCCAGGAGGCGAGUAACGAGAGAAGAAGGAAGCAAGCUGGCAGAAAGGUACGGAAUGGACUUCUUUGAGACCAGUGCGUCCACAAGCCACAACAUCGACAAGUCAUUCAGUCGAGUGACAGAACUGGUGCUGCAGGCUCACAAGAGAGACGUGGACAACCUGCUGGGAUCUCUGGAUGAUUAUUUAAACAAGGCCGGCCUGGACGAGAGUGGCCAAGAUAAAGACGGCAGCAUUCAAAGAGUCUGUGGCUGUGCCAGAAUCUUUUAAAACAUGAUUUUCUUACUCCCUAAUUGACUUUUUUUUUCUUUUUGUCAACCUGCUUGUUUUGUUGGUGACUGUAUCGGCGAGUGCAUUUUAGCACUAUCUGCCAACAGAAGGAAGUAACAUACAACAUCUACGCUCCCCACUUCUAAACCUGUUGCUUUCUAAUCUUAUUUAUAGAUUGUUAAUUUAUAAUGCAUUGCUCGGGUGUAAAGUGGGAGGAAAGCGAUGAAUUAUUUAAACCUCGAAACUUGAGGCUUCACUCGUUUAGAGAUGCAGUCAAUGUGAUACUGCUCUUUGUUUAUUCUCUUUCUGAAUGCGGUACAGUGAACCACUGCUAAUCGCAGAGACAAGGACCGAGCCCUGCCACAAAUAGUGAAAAUAUGUGAGUAGUUGAUGCCCUACCUGACAAGGUUUGGCAUUGCGUACUGAUGCCAUAAGAAGAGUGCAAAAUCUUUUUUUUUUCUUUUUUCUGUCAGACCAAGCUGUGGCCAUACUAAAUGAAACUCUUCCCCUUCAGUUCAACAUAGUUCCUUGUCACCAGCAUACCACAAGCUUGGAACAGUAGCGAUAUUUUUGUAUUAAACAUGGCUUUGGCUUGAGCACAAAAACAGCCUUUCACAGCGGAUAAUAGAGGAUGAGUUAAAAAAAAUAUCUGAAACUAGUUGGAUUUCUGAUUGCCAAAUCACAAAUAUGCAGAGGUUCACUGUACUUCUUAUUUAACGUGACAGUGGCCGGCAUUGCACUUAACUGACUAUUCAAAGUCUCAUGUGCUCUUUCUACGGAUGCCAUUUUAAAUUAAUGUUUGUUUUUAAAAAGUGCCUUGAAAACAUUCAAGAAUGAAAUAAAUGUUUAUCAAGUAA